AUGAAACUUUCUCUUGAAUUAGAUCAAGAACCUGAUCAUGUAUUUACCUUUGGUGAUUCCAUUUUGGGAGAACUUGAGCUAAAAACAGAGGUAUCUACAUACAUAAAGCUGAUGAUAGUACGAAUCUCAGGCAUCAGCCUAACCAAUGUUGAAGACACUUUAAGUCCAAGAAAUCGGCGAACCGUCAGAAAAAUAAUUGAUGACAAAAUAGUACUUUUUCCAAAACCCCAAGACAUGACGGAUCAACCGUUGGAACUUCUGGCAGGCAAAUAUUUGUAUUCUUUCAUCAUAGACAUUAACGAUCCAGCCAAGUAUGACGAUUUGCUUGACCCAAAUAUAUCUCCUGCUGGAUAUGGUGUUUUAGGAGAAUACAAGUGCAAAAAAGUGAAUAUCCCUUUACAAUUUCCCCCUUCGUUUAACCACAAAAGUCUCCAAGGAAAUGCCAAAGUAACAUACAGUCUAAUUGGCGAGCUAGUAUUGGAAAAUGGUAAAGUUAUCCAAACAACAAAAAAAAUUAGAUUUGCUCCUUUAAACAGAGCGUUAGCCUAUUCAUUGAGACAUCUUUGCCAAUUAUAUUCCAGACCACCAAACUCAACACCAACACUCCUACGAAACACUUGUUUUCUCGAAACACAAAUUACCGUUCCAGUUUCAAAUAAACAUUGUCUACAAAAAGGAUUUUUAAACAUAAAAUCAUCUCAAAAAUCUAAAAUGAACAUUCCUUUGGUUGUUGCUUGUGAAUUUAAGCCAUAUCUUCCUAGACAUACCUCACUAGCAGUAUCCAACAGAUUCCUUCAGACACAUAACCCUCUUUCUGAUUUCAUUAAUAUUCACAUAGUAUCACCACUUUCCCCUUCCACUAUCCAAGCCUUAACUGGAUCCACUCAAACGCCCAUUAAGUUGGAAUAUUUUAAAAUAUCGCUAACCCAAAAAAUUAUAUUUGGCUCGACUGCAAAACGUUUGGAUACAAAAGAUAUUCCGCUCAUUGAUAUCGAGGAACCAUUAUCUCUUGAUUUCAAACCCAUUCCUGCAGAAAGAUAUCAAUUAUCAUCUUCUUAUCUUGAAAAAUGGGAGCCCUUUUUAGAUCAUCGCCAAUAUUAUCAGUUCACGGUUCCCAAAAAAUUGUUGAGCAAACCAAUUCCUAAUUUACCUCAGCUGUUUAUCUAUCACAAUAUCCAGAAUGACUAUCACCUCGAUGUCAAGUCGAUCAUUGGUUCUGGUAACCAUCGAACACCAAUAGGUUGCGAUUGUCCUGUGGUAAUGUUGGGUCCCGAGGAACAGACUGUGGAUGUUGUCCCUGAAUAUUCAGAGAAGAUUAGGUCAGGAGAGGUUUUUGUGGAGGUUACCAAUGAAGUUUUACCAAUGUAUUCGCUAUAA